AGCUCGUCAUUUGCGUAUCAAAAACAAACAAACCAAACGACAACUCGUACCAAGUACAACUCACUUCCAACAGUUGGAAGCCAUGUAAUCCUUAGCAUGGACAUUAUCCGCUUUGCGGAUCAAGGUAUCACAUCAAUUGUAAUAACUUGAAAAAUUAUCGAAAAUGGCACCACCAUCAGCAUUGUUCGCCGAGGAAACAUCUCCCAUCGAUGGAGUUCAAUUGAAAUCAGCAUUCGACGUUAAAGUCGAAUCUUCGCAGGCAGCCACUCAAGGCAAGACACUUGCUGACCUUGCUGAGAAGUGGGACCAGGGAUUUACAUUUGCUCCUAUUCGUGAAUCUCAAGUCUCGCGUGCAAUGACCCGCCGCUACUUCAAUGAUCUCGAUACAUAUGCUGAGUCUGAUAUCGUCAUCGUUGGUGCUGGCUCCUGUGGUCUCAGUACCGCCUAUAUGCUAGGCAAGGCUCGCCCUGAUCUCAAGAUUGCCAUCAUUGAGGCUUCUGUUUCUCCAGGUGGAGGAGCAUGGUUGGGUGGACAACUCUUCAGUGCUAUGGUUAUGCGAAAGCCCGCUGAUGCCUUCUUGACCGACCUUGGUGUUCCGUAUGAAGAUGAGGGAGACUUUGUUGUGGUCAAGCAUGCUGCUUUAUUCACAUCAACUCUCCUGUCCAAAGUUCUUACAUUCCCUAACAUCAAACUGUUCAAUGCGACCGCCGUUGAGGAUCUCAUUACACGUCAAACCACUGACGGCAACAUUAGAGUCGCAGGAGUGGUGACAAAUUGGACACUUGUCACAAUGCAUCAUGAUGACCAGAGUUGCAUGGAUCCAAACACAAUCAAUGCUCCUGUCGUCAUCUCUACCACUGGGCAUGAUGGUCCGUUUGGCGCGUUCUGUGUCAAGCGUUUGGUUUCAAUGAAUCAAAUCAAGGAACUCGGUGGUAUGAGAGGACUUGAUAUGAAUGUCGCUGAAGAUGCUAUCGUCAAAAGAACUAGGGAAAUUGUUCCAGGCUUGAUUGUCGGAGGCAUGGAAUUGUCAGAGGUCGAUGGUGCAAACCGCAUGGGUCCCACGUUUGGUGCCAUGGCACUUUCUGGGGUGAAAGCCGCUGAGGAAGCUUUGAGAAUCUUCGAUGAACGCAAGGCACAAAAUGCGUACUAGGCGUAAGCAUUAUGCAUGUUAAGGAGCAGCACGUAACUCGGUCGAUACACGGAGACUAUCAAGGUGCAUAAUAUGAAAGCAAUAGCAAUAAGAAAAUGAUAGUUGCUUUGAAUUCUUCGAAUUACAUUUCAAAAGUGUGUCUGCGAUAAGAUUUUCUACGUUCAGGUUUCGAGGUCUCAAGGUUAUU